CGCGUCGUCUGCACACAUGCCUUGAACUCAAACCGGUCCAAGUUUGUAUGGAAGCCAGUACGAGCACUUCGACGGAAAGGGUUCUCACCUCUGUUACGUCAUCAUCCAGCACACGUACAGCAACCCCGACAGUUGUUUCCACUCAACAAUCGAGAAGGCCGGCACAUUUAUUAGGGUGCGACUGACCAUAUAAAAGACUUUCGACAGUCUACACAUAACUUCUCAUCCUCGAUAUCCCUCCUCAAUCUUCAUCUGGUUCCCUCACAUCCAAAUAUCUCAUCGAUCGUUCACCUUACCCAGCUUCUUGCUAGUCGCACAUUCCGAAAAGCUUAUCAUGGAGAGCAAGACGCAAGUAGUAUCCGAGUCGUCUGCCCCUACCGGCGAGAUCGUCCAAAAGAAUGCUAAAAAGUUCAAGUUCAUCCCCCCACCGACGUUUGACAACAAAGAGGAAGAGCGCAAGUACAAGCUCGGCAAACUUGCUGCUGCCUUCAGAAUCUUCGCACAUCAUGGCUUUGAUGAAGGCGUGGCCGGUCAUUUGACGCUGAGAGAUCCGAUCCUUACCGAUCACUUCUGGGUUAACCCUUUCGGUCGUGCAUUUUCUCAGAUGACUGUUUCCGACUUGUUACUCAUCAAUCCUCAAGGUGAAAUUGUGAUGGGUGGUAAACCGGACCGCCAGAUUUACAACGAGGCAGCAUAUGCGAUCCACCAUGCCAUCCAUACCGCUCGCCCUGAUGUCGAGGCGGCUUGUCACAGCCAUAGUGUUUAUGGACGUGCAUUCUCUACACUUGGUAUUGACCUGGACAUCACCACUCAGGAUGCUUGCGCAUUCUACAACGAUUUGGCGGUGUAUCGCGGCUUCGGAGGGGUUGUCUUGGCCUCUGAAGAGGGCGACAACAUUGCCAAGGCGCUUGGUCAAAAGAAGGCUGUUAUCUUGCAAAACCAUGGUUUGUUGACCACAAGCACCAGCAUUGAAGCUGCUGUAUGGUGGUUCAUCUCCCUCGAAAGUCUGUGCAGGAUCCAGCUCUUGGCUGAUGCAGCCGCUGGCGGGCGAGGGAUUAAGACCAUUCAAGCAGGCGAAAAGGAAGCUGCAUUUACCUAUCAAGCCGUUGGCUCUCACAUGGCAGGCUGGGCUCAAGCCCAACCCUACUUUGAUCAAAUCCAUGAGAAAACUGGCGGUGCUUAUCUCCAAUAGCUGCUUUUUGCAACUAUUUCUCUAAAAGGUCGAGAAUGAAUUUUGUUUUCAUUUUUUUGAGCGAGUCAGCCAAUGUACAAACACGAUGAGUACAUAACCGAGGGUUUUCCUUGUCGAUACCCUCAUGCUUUGAUAGUUUCAAGAUCUAGUAUUCCAAAUGAGAAUCAAAUUAUCAAUAAUUACCAUUGAGAAUUGAUCUUGGGAAAUAGAUCUGUCGAAACCUGAAUGUUUAUAAAAGCUUGCCGACCAUCACUUCUUCGAUGAAAUGGCCUACUGGUCGACUCAGUGUUAAUGAUAAUUCUUGUCUGCCGCUUCUGCAACAAAGAUAAUAUACACCCUUA